UUAUAUAUAGAAGCUCAUGAGCGCUGAGAACUCAUAGAGCACACAGACACAACUAGUGAGAGCACUGCUCCGGUCUAUGUCAGCGCCAUCUCAGCAGCAGGGGAUAAAGUCCCAACAUCCUUUGUGAUUCCGAGGAAGACCGCAAUCCAACAAUACAAUAAACCCCAUUUAAUCUCAUUUGGAUAAACCUGUUUAUCUGGACCUCUUUUGAAGGCUGUGUCCUUCUGAAUCCUUACACCAAUGAAUGCCGCAGAGUACAACGUCGCUAUGGAUUAUUCAGACAGCAUCAACUCCAGUGACCUAAACAGCAGCUGCCUUUCUGGAGACUGCAUUACCAUGGAGUCCUUAUCAUGCCCCAACACUUUAAACAAGAGCGCUCUGUUAUAUACUCUUGCCAUUGUCUACAUCUUCAUCUUUGUUAUGGGACUUCUGGCCAAUUCUGUUGUCAUUUGGCUCAAUAUUCAGUCCAAGACUACUGGCUAUGAGACUCACCUUUACAUUUUUAAUUUGGCUGUGGCUGACCUCUGUGUCCUUCUAACUCUACCUGUCUUGGUGGUGUCAUUAGUACAGCAUAACCAAUGGCCAAUGGGUGAGGUGACCUGCAAGGUGACACAUCUGAUCUUUAGCAUUAAUCUUUAUAGCAGCAUUUUCUUCCUCACAUGUAUGAGUGUUGAUCGCUACUUUUCAGUGUCAAUGCGUGGAGCUGUUGGUAAACGCAGAAGGAAGAUAAUUCGCAGAAUGGUUUGCGUUCUUGUGUGGCUUGUUGCCUUUAUAGUCUCCCUUCCAGACACCUACUAUUUAAAAACUGUAACCUCCCCAGUCAACAAUGAAACCUACUGCCGUUCCAUGUAUCCAGAGGAAUCCGUCAAAGAGUGGCUACUGGGAAUGGAAAUUCUUUCCAUUGUGUUGGGAUUUAUCAUUCCUUUUCCAAUUAUUGCAGUCUUCUAUUGCAUGAUGGCUUGGACUCUGUCAUCCUCCUCCUCCUCUUCCUUAACUUCAGCAGGGGACCAAGAGAGAAGAAUAAGUGGAAGGCUAAUUAUUUCUUAUGUUGUUGUAUUUAUGGUUUGUUGGUUUCCAUAUCAUGUUAUGGUAUUGUUGGAUGUCUUGUCCUUCCUCCAGGUUCUGCCAUUCACCUGCACAUUGGAUAACUUCCUGUACGCAGGAGUUCACAUCACGCAAUGUUACUCACUCCUUCACUGCUGCAUCAAUCCAAUAUUGUACAGUUUCAUCCACAGGAACUACCGCUAUGAGAUCAUGAAGGCCUUUAUAUUCCGUUACUCUUCUAAGACUGGGCUUUCCAAACUAAUUGACUCUUCUAAGGUCUCUGAAGCAGAAUAUUCUACUGUAGACCAAAUCCCAAAGUGAAAUAUGAGCAGAACAUUUAUUUGACUAGUUCCUUCCCUUACUACAGCACAGACUGAGGUCCCAGAGACCAAACUGGCGCAUUCACAUUCCUGCCAGGGCUGGCAGAAGGGAGAAGAGUCCCUUGCUCAUGACUGCAGCUUAAUUAAGCUGACAGUUCACCAGGAUACACUUGCUUUACCAAGAGAGCACACGCUAACUAAAAACAAUGGAGCAAUAAUGACUGUGACCUGUCAAUUUCCAAACGCCUGCCACUGAACUGUUCUGUGAAUAGGUAUAGAAUGGCGCUAAAGAGCACUGACAUGUGAUCCUGUCUCCCUUGCCUUACUUGUAAAAUAAUGCACAGCAUGUAUAUCAUUUAAUAACCAUGAAAUGGUGUAACACAUCAGCAACACAUCAUAUUUUUCCCCGCGUCGU